AUGGGGAAGAGAGUGGCAGUCAUUGGAGCUGGAGUGAGUGACCUGGCCUCCAUCAGGGCCUGUUUGGAAGAAGGGCUUGAGCCUACCUGUUUGGAGAGGAGUGAUGAUGUCGAGGGCCUAUGGAAAUUCUCAGACCAUGCAGAAGGCAGAGCAAGCAUUUACAAGUCUGUGUUCACAAACUCCUUAAAAGAAAUGAUGUGUUUCCCAGAUUUCCCUUACCCAGAUAACUACCCCAUUUUCAUGCAUAGGAGCAAGCUCCAGGAGUAUAUCACCAUAUAUGCCAAAGAGAAGAAUCUCUUAAGAUAUAUAAGGUUUAAGACUUUGGUCUCCAAGAUAAAGAAGUGCCCUGAUUUCUCUGUUACUGGUCAGUGGGAUGUUGUGACUGAAAAGGAUGGGAAGCAGGAAUCAGCUGUGUUUGAUGGUGUUCUGAUAUGUUCAGGGCAUCAUGUGUACCCCAAUCUGCCAAAAAAUGACUUUCCAGGUGAACUGAAAGAGUUUAAAGGCAAGUCCUACUACAGUGGGGAGCACAAGGGACCAGAAAGAUUGAAGGGGAAGAGAGUGCUUGUAAUUCAUUUGGGGAAUUCAGGCUGUGAUAUUGCUACAGAGCUGAAUCAUAUGUCUAAAUAUACUGUCAGAACACUGAAAAAAGAACCUGUGUUCAACGAUGAGCUUCCAGGCUGCAUCAUCUGUGACACAAUAACCGUCAAGCCAAAUGUAAAAGAAUUUCCAGAGACAUCCAUUGUUCAGGAUGGCACAGUGUUUGAGGCCACUGACACUGUCAUUUUGGCAACUGGUUAUGGUUAUGCCUACCCUUCCCUUAACAACUCGAUCAUCAAAAGCAGAAAAAAUGAAGUGACUCUUUUUAAAGGCGUCUUCCCUCACCCUGUGAUUGGCCUCAUUCAGUCCCUUGGUGCUGCCAUACCUAUUAUUGACAUGCAGUCCCAAUGGGCUGUAAGAGUAAUAAAGAGCAGGGGCUGGGGCAGCUAG